GUAAUGCAGUAGCGCGGGGAAUUUCGAGUGGUAUUGGAGCGCCAGAGGCUAGUGGGUGGCGGACCCCUAGCAUCUUCGCGAGCGACCAUGGACUCCCUGACCGAGCCUCAGUGGCCUCCGGGCCUGGCAGUCAUGAAGACAAUAGAUGAUUUGCUGCGGUGUGGAAUUUGCUUCGAGUAUUUCAACAUUGCAAUGAUAAUACCUCAGUGUUCACAUAACUACUGCUCUCUCUGUAUAAGAAAAUUUCUGUCCUAUAAAACUCAGUGUCCAACUUGUUGUGUGACUGUCACAGAGCCGGAUCUGAAAAAUAACCGCAUAUUAGAUGAACUGGUAAAAAGCUUGAAUUUUGCACGGAAUCAUCUAUUGCAGUUUGCUUUAGAGUCACCACCCAAAUCUCCUGCUUCUUCCUCUUCAAAGAAUCUUGCUGUCAAAGUAUAUACUCCUGUAGCCUCCAGAGAGUCUUUAAAGCAGGGGAGCAGGUUAAUGGAUAAUUUCUUGAUCAGAGAAAUGAGUGGUUCUACAUCAGAGUUGUUGAUAAAAGAAAAUAAAAGCAAAUUCACCCCUCAAAAAGAGGCAAGCCCUGCUGCAAAGACCAAAGAGACACGUUCUGUAGAAGAGAUGGCUCCAGAUCCCUCAGAGGCUAAGCGUCCUGAGACACCCUCGACAUCCACUUUGAAACACGUUACUAAAGUGGAUUGUCCUGUUUGUGGGGUUAAUAUUCCAGAAAGUCAUAUUAAUAAGCAUUUAGACGGCUGUUUAUCACGCGAAGAGAAGAAGGAAAGCCUCAGAAGUUCUGUUCACAAAAGGAAACCGCUGCCCAAAACUGUAUAUAAUUUGCUCUCUGAUCGUGAUUUAAAGAAAAAGCUAAAAGAGCAUGGAUUAUCUAUUCAAGGAAAUAAACAACAGCUCAUUAAAAGGCACCAAGAAUUUGUACACAUGUACAAUGCCCAAUGCGAUGCUUUGCAUCCUAAAUCAGCUGCUGAAAUAGUUCAAGAAAUCGAAAAUAUGGAGAAGACUAGGAUGCGUCUUGAAGCUAGUAAACUCAAUGAAAGUGUAAUGGUUUUUACAAAGGACCAAACAGAAAAGGAAAUAGAUGAAAUUCACAGUAAAUAUCGUAAGAAACAUAAGAGUGAAUUUCAGCUUCUGGUGGAUCAGGCUAGAAAAGGAUACAAGAAAAUUGUUGGAAUGUCACAAAAAGCAGUAACAAUAACAAAAGAAGAUGAAUCUACAGAAAAGCUAUCUUCUGUAUGCAUGGGACAGGAAGAUAAUAUGACCUCAGUAAUAAACCACUUUUCUCAAUCAAAGCUGGUAACAAACCACUUUUCUCAAUCAAAGCUGGACUCCCCAGAGGAAUUGGAACCUGACAGAGAAGAAGAUUCUUCUAGCUGUACUGAUAUUCAAGAAGCUCUUUCUUCACCAGAAUCAGAUUCAUGCAAUAGUUCCAGUUCAGACAUCAUAAGAGAUCUUUUAGAAGAAGAGGAAGCCUGGGAAGCAUCACAUAAAAACGAUCUUCAAGACACAGAAAUAAGUCCAAGACAGAAUCGCCGCACAAGAGCCGCUGAAAGUGCAGAGAUUGAACCAAGAAACAAGCGUAAUAGGAAUUAGUGUGGGCUUUUGCUGACUUUUCAAAUGCAGUGAUUAGAAUAAGGUACUUUUGGUUGCCACAGACAGAUUUCCUGUUUAUAAAUGCCCAAGGAAAGAUGCUAAAUUCUAAAUAUUUUGGUUAGCUGAUGUUCAUUCUUUUCUGCUUUUCCAGAGGGGAAAAAUAUUACAAAAUAUCCUUACUUGGUCAGUUGCCUCCUUCCUCUAAAACAUCUCUAUCUAAAAAUACUAAAAAUACAUUUUGCACAGGCACCAGCUUUGCAGAGUAGGCAGACUCUUUGGCACUUUGGCAGAGGGAUUUGGUUUGGUUUGGUAUGGUUUGGUUUGAUAUCUAAAUUUCAGAAUGUUCUUAGGCCAUUAUCCUUCUCUUCCAUGGAGAAUCCAACUUCACAAAAGGAUUCUUUCAACCUCUUUAUUAUAAGAAACAGUUGAGUUAAAUGUUUAUGUUUUUAGAAAGUCAGGAUGUCAGUUCACAUCCUUGGUGUGUUUAAGUACCAAUGUAGGCCACCUCCUUGCCUGUAUUACAGCAGCUCCAUGAUGGUUGUUGUCCGAGGUUAAUGUAGUUGUUUGUUAGACCUGUGUCUUACACAUUUCUCAGAGUAAGAUAUUAGUAUUAUAAUUUAAAGCCACAACAGUCAGAAAGUCACAAUAACUUAGAAACAUUGCACAUAUUCUUCUGAAAUAGCACUUAAAAAUGAUUAGUGUAUUUUUUCACUUGGGUCAAUCAAAUCUGUAACACUGAAUCCAAGCUAUUAAACAAAAAAAAUAUACAAUGAAUGAAUUUUGUAAAUGAAUAGAGUGUAUCAGUUUACAAUAGUAUUCUUAAAACAGGAUCCUCUGGAUAGCUGAGUAUGGGUUAGAAAUCAUUGAAAUGGAUUGGUCAGAAAUUGCUAUCUGUGUAUAAAAUGUCUACCAGUAGCCAGAUGCUUCCGGAGUUCAUAAUGCCUCUCUGGCAUUUCAGAGCCAGCAUUCCCCAACUCCCACCCCUCUGCCACCACCCAACCCAAACACAUCUUUCAAAUGAGAUGACAGCAAAUGCGGCAAUGUUAAGACAAGAAAUUUAUGAUUUGCCAGGUUUGACAUUUAUGACCUCCCCAUUCCAAAGACUGUCUCCGUUGACCUUGGCUUUUUGAUGUGCUUUGGGGUUUCUGAUAAUGUGCGGAGUCUCAUUAUGGCUGAGAGUUUAGUGUUUUCACAGUGAAGUCCAGACACUUGAUUUCUUUAUGAGUUUCUUGUGUUAGAAAUGACUAUAAAAAAAUUUGUCAUAAUAAUUUCAUUUGCUUGAAAUCCUUAGUGGCUCAUUAAGGAAACUAAAAGCACCACUUACCAAAUCCAUCAGCGGAACUGAUGUGAGGUAAGUGAGCAUGUCAAACAAAAUAGGGGCUCACGUGAAUAUAUUUAUGUCACUGAGUUGUCAGAAAUUAUGUCAAAAUGAAAACUGCUUGUUUCAUGACAAAUUAUACAGUCUGUACAUUAAACUGGAAGUAAUUACUACUUUAA